AUGGACACAGAGUUUCUAGACAUGCACGGGGCAUUCAUGGAGAAACACUGGCAUGAAUUCGAAGACACAGAAGAGAAUAAAUUCUCAUACACGGAUAUUUUCAAUGAAUAUAUUGAAACGGUAGAAAAAUAUCUGGAAAACGAGUUGACCAAUCGAGUGCAACACUUUAAAAUGAGCGAAUUCGAGCAGGAGCUGAAGACGCGGCAGAAUGAUCUUGAAGGCGAAAUAUUUGAAAUUCUUGCAACGUUCAGCGACUUCUGCGCCUUCAAAACAAUGUUCAUUGAUUACAAAAACAUGAAAGAAGGCAAAACAAUAGACUUUUCAUCGGAUUUAUGCGUAUCAAAAUACAUCACCACUCCUGAAGUGGCUGAAUUGUAAAGAAAAGCAACAAAUAUUAAUUAAUUCAUCAGUAUUUCCAUUUGGACAAGUCGACUGUUAGUGUCUCCUGGCAUUCUGUACGGUAAGAGCCCUGUAAAGUUGGUCAGUACGCGUGCCUGCUCUUUUAUAACACCCAAUUGCUGAAAAAUAUUUAUAAAAUAACAAUAAAUGUGUAAUUAUUUCAAAA